AUGGGCAGCGAGUUGAAUUGGGGAUAUGUGGUAACUUACUUGGCUCUUGGGGCACGACAUCAAAGAGUUAGGGAGUUGAAUCUAGUAGAUAUGGGCGUAGGAGGUACUAUUGCAAGAAAUUGCAACAAUAAUUUCCUUGGAUUUAUCCCUGAUGAAAUUGGUAAUUUAAGUCAGCUUCGAAAAAUAGAGAUGCAGGACAAUGAGCUCAAUGGUCCUAUUCCAACAAGUCUUGGAUUUCUUGAAAAUCUACAGAAGCUAAAUCUCUCCUAUAAUGGGCUCUAUGGGGAAGUUCCUAAUGGGAUUUUCAACGUCUCUUUUUUUACGGCAAUUGAUUUAAAAGGCAAUAAUCUCUCAGGAAGUCUUCCUACAGAUAUCUGCAAUAAUCUUCCAAAUAUAGAGUUGCUAAAAUUUUCUUAUAAUCAAAUAAGUGGUAACAUUCCUCCAAGCUUGGAAGCAUGCAAGAAGCUUCAACGAUUUUCUCAGGCAUACAAUGCUUUUUCUGGAAGCAUUCCAAUGGAAAUCUUAAACUUGGAUCAAAGCUUCGAACUCUCAACCUAG